UGAAGUUCAUUUUUUUAAAAAAAAGUAAACAGAAACUUUUGAGAAUUCUCAGCUUGUCAGAGAGGAUCAAUGGAGAGAAAAGUUUCAAAUCUGACUUAUCAUCAGAACUGGAAAACUGGAGAUAAUUAAGAAAGAAGAAGAGGAAGUUGAAGAUGCCACCACCAAUGCCAGCUCAGGAAUAUGUCCCUCCAGAUGGUGGAUGGGGAUGGGCUGUGGUCGUUGGAGCUUUCAUUGCAAUUGGAUUUUCUUACGCAUUUCCCAAAGCCAUCACAGUGUACUUUAAGGAGAUUCAGACAAUCUUUAAUGCCUCGUACAGCGAAAUUGCAUGGAUUUCUUCAUUGACUCUCGCUGUCAUGUAUGCUGGAGGGCCCAUAAGCAGUGUCCUGGUAAACAAGUAUGGAUCCCGUCCCGUGAUGAUUGGGGGAGGAUUAUUAUGUUCAAUUGGAAUGAUAGCUGCGUCAUUUUGCAAUAGUGUUCCUGGGCUUUUUAUGUGUGUGGGCUGCAUUACAGGUCUCGGACUGGCUUUCAAUCUUCAGCCAGCCUUAACUAUGAUCGGGAAGUAUUUUUACAAGAAACGUCCCAUUGCUAAUGGAAUCGCAAUGGCUGGUAGCCCAGUGUUCCUGAGUACCUUUGCACCUCUGAAUCAGUACUUGGUCAAUGUCUUCGGUUGGAGAGGCAGUUUCUUUAUCCUGAGCGGCAUACUGUUGAACUGCUGCGUGGCCGGAUCCUUAAUGAGGCCACUACAACCUAGAAAAUCCACCGCCGCGAAAGAUGCCCAGCUUACUGCUGUAAAGAAGGAUGAGAGCAAAGACGUGGGUGAUGGCCUGUUGCAGGAAAAGAAGAAAAAGAAAAGUGUCUUUGACGUAAUUAAUGAGCAACUAGAUCUGAGCCUCUUCAAACAUCGGGGAUUUCUGAUCUAUCUAUCAGGCAAUGUCAUAAUGUUUUUUGGCUUCUUUGCCCCGAUUGUGUUUUUGGCUCCUUAUGCCAAGCACAUGGGAAUAGAUGAGUAUUCUGCAGCAUUCCUGCUUUCUAUUCUAGCUUUUGUAGACAUGUUUGCAAGGCCCAGCAUGGGGCUGCUUGCAAACUCCAGAUGGAUCAGACCAAAGAUCCAAUAUUUCUUCAGUUUUGCUGUCUUCUACAAUGGCUUCUGUCAUGUCAUGUGCCCAUUGGCGAGCAACUAUACAGGCCUAGUGGUCUAUUCAGUUUUCUUUGGUUUUGCCUUCGGAAUGGUGAGUGCUGUUCUUUUCGAAACUCUGAUGGACCUGGUUGGUGCCAAGAGGUUCUCCAAUGCCGUGGGACUUGUCACCAUUGUAGAGUGCUGUCCUGUACUUCUGGGACCACCACUGGCAGGAUGGUUGGUGGAUAUAACUCAAGAUUACCGGUACAUGUACUUGGUAUGUGGAAGCAUUGUGAUUGCAGCAAGCAUCUAUUUGUUUAUUGCUAACGCCAUCAACUACCGAUUGCUGGCAAAGGAGAAGAGAAUGGAGGAGGAAAAAGCAAAAGCAUCUCCGGAUGAUGCAGAACUAAAAGACGUCUGUGAGAACGUGUCGAGCGGUGAUGCCGACGAUAUUGAAAUCAAUCCCCAGAUGCUGUUGGAAAACUCCGCUGAGAAAGAAACUAAUAUUUAACCUAACCCACUGAUCUGUUUUUUCCUAUCUCCCAGUGUUCACUUGAAAUUGAGUGUCAGAGUAUCUGUCAGUCUCUAGGUAGUUAUCCAGGGCUCCAACAGGGGUCAGUAUUUUCAGCUGCAAAUCAUUAACUAAACCUUUAUAAAGUAUGACCCUUCUGAGUCCUGAGUAUUACCCCAGUUUAGAGUUGUAGUCAUAGAUGUUUCUGCAAUUUUCCCUGUACCGUUAUUGCAAUAUGUCAUGGUUUAACAGGGAAAUGAACUAUUCAAAAGGGUCAAUGUGCAAGAAGAGAAAUUCUCCCAACAUUUCAGUGGGCGGCACGGUAGCGUAGUGGUUAGUGCGACGCUAUUACAGCGCCAACGAUCGGGGUUCAAUUCCCGUCGCUGUCUGUAAGGAGUUUGUACGUUCUCCCGUGUCUGCGUGGGUUUCCUCCGGGUGCUCCGGUUUCCUCCCACAUUCCAAAGAUGUACAGGUAGGUUAAUUUGGGUUUAAAAAAAAUGGGCAGCGUGGACUCGUUGGGCUGGAAGAGCCUGUUACCACGCUGUAAAUAAAAAAAAAAUCAAAAAAAAAAAAUCAAAAAAAAAAUUUUCCAUCCAAAUGGUCACCUACUAUUAUGCAGACAUUUUAUAUCCACACCAAUAUUGUCGCAGAUAGGCAAUUUUAAUAAUGUGUCAGCAAAAAAUUUUGCAGCCAGUAGUUCGUUCCUGACCAAGCACAACUUGAUGUUACUAUGCACUAAUAUUUUUUAUAUACAUACAUAAACAAUCCAAGGUAUCUCUGCUAGGAACUGCAUAAAUUAACAUAACAACAGACUGCAACCUGCAUGCAAAAGCGACAGCAGUAUAUGCUAAGCACAGAAGAGGGCACUAGACUAAGAAUAAUCGAAGAUUAACUGCCAUUCUUCUUCACGAAGACAUGACCCUUCCUAAUCAAGUCUCUACAGACUCGACUACAGCCUUUCAUUAAGUUUGACUUUCAGGAAAACCUAAUGAAGAGCGAAAGGGCCUCGCCGGCACCGGUCUCUUGUUCUUAGAUUAAAUAGAUUAAAGUCUGGUAAACAAACCAAAUUGAGCUCUGCCACUCAAAAAUGAUUUUAACUAGAUGGAAGAGAGAGCUUGAGGGACAUAAGCUCUUAAGCCUAGACUUUCUAAUCAAUGCUGAUUUAGCACUGGCAGUGACCUAUUUAUUUUUAAAAUAAUGUCAAUCAGAAAAUCUAAGCUUGAGUAUUCAUCUGCAAAUGAAAUCAAUGUUAAAUUAACCUUAGGUUUUGAAGUUCCUCAGUGAAAUGAAUUGGGCAAUGACCAUCUAAUUAUCAGUGUCAGUCAGCAAGAGGACUCCAUCACCUCGUAUUUUAACACCAGUUGACUCUCUGUCAAAUUUUGUCUGAUAAUCAUCUGUGGGGCAUUUUGCUAUGUUAAAAAAAUGCCAAAAAUUGGCAAACACACUCAGAAACUACCAUAGAAUUGGCAUUAAAUAUACAAAAGGGCACUGAUGCUCUCUUUAGAUUGGUGCUGAGAUAUUUUUUAAACUAUAGUUACUUUUGCCAAUUCUGAUCUAAGGGUGCUAACCAGAGACACUGGGUGCCCAUCAGCUAAAAUAUUCCAUUACCUUUUACCAAAGUCUCUUGCCUUCACCAAAUACAUCUCACAGGUAAAACUAGUAUUUUUUCUAAGUUGUUUGUAUUGUAAUUCAAUUAAAUUAAUGUCAGGGCCAUUAGUUUUGGAAUUAACUAAGGUUUAUAGUUUGUAUUUAAAUUUUAUAUUCUGGUAUUUUCAAGAUACAGGACAAAAUUUUACAAUUCUUUUAACCAAUAGUAAUCUAUUGUGGAAUAACAUUUGCACUCAGCAAAUAAAUGAUGAAUGACGUAACUGGAGACCUGCAUUGUAAAGUAACUUCAACUCAUUGGGAGUAAGGAGUUGCAACAGAGCAACUUGGUGCAAUCUUCCCUUUGAUUUCCACUCCUUGCGAGUGGGAAAGUGUUUGCACUUCCCUAACAGCAAUAAAACUGGGAGUGACCUCCCACAGUGUGAAGACCAUCGUCUCAGUACUGUUAUUAAUCUUCUGCACUGGUGCAUGAUCCGAGUAAGAUAAUGGCUGCCAUUAACCUCAGGCACUUUCUAAAUUUAACACUGUCCCUUCUUGACCUGGAAAGUGCCAGAAAUGCCUGCAGAAUUUGAAAUUACAUCUGACUGAGAUCAAACGAUUUCGGUUUCUGCUGCCGUUUAAGGACACACUGUGAGAGCUAAUUGUGCCAGGUUGAUACCAAAGGGAAUGGGUGGAAUGCAAGUUUUCCCCCGCCCAAUGUUGCUUCCAGUUGACUUCAAAAUUGUGGGGGAGGCACAAAACCAAUGUUGCACCUGAUCCCAGCAUUUAGGCUAAAAUGUGAGUCUGUAAAAUAGAGUUUUACUGUUCCAAGCAAGUGAGAAAAAACAAGAGGGUAUCAAUUUAAGCUGAGAAGAAGGUGUUUCAAAGGGGAUCUGAGGGGUAAGUUUUGUUUACACACAGGGAGUGGCUCAUAACAGGAACACACUGCCAGAGAAGGUAGUGGAACCGCAUACAAUUACUACAUUUAAGACAGAUACUUAAAUAGACAAAGUAUAGAACGAUAUGCCCCUAAUUUAGACAAAGGGAAUUGGUGUAGAUGAACAAAAAUGAACAUAAUGGCUUUCAAGGGCCCAUUACUGUGAUGAAGAAGUCCAUGACUGAAUCACUCUAAUCACAAAAUGUUUUUCAAAUUCAAGAACUUUGUACAUAUUUGAAGGUAAGAUCAAAAUAGAGAAAAUUAAUAUCCUAAUCAUUAUCUAUUAAAUAUUAUUAAAAUUCAUGGAGAUUUGGU